AUGCAAUGGGCAGCUGUUGCAGGGAAAGGCCUCAUUGCAACAGACAUGGGGUUCUUUAACGAUGCAGGUGCAGCAAAGCACCAAGCAGUAGCAAUGCGGUCUGGCUUAGAUCUUUCUGUGUUCUACAGGUGCAAAUUUGAUGCCUUUCUGGACACCCUCUAUGCUCACUCAAACCGUCAGUUCUACCGUGAAUGUGACAUUACAGGCGCCACUGACUUCAUCUUUGGCAACGCAGCUAUGGUCUUCCAAAGCUGCAAUAUUAUGCCUAGGCAACCUCUAGCUAACCAAUUCAACACCAUCACUGCCCAAGGCAAGAAAGACCCAAAUCAAAACACUGGCAUUUCAAUCCAAAAAUGUACCCUCUCUCCAUUUGAUAAUGUCACAGCCUCAACAUACCUUGGUAGGCCUUGGAAAGCCUACUCCACCACAGUUAUAAUGCAGUCUGAAAUUGGGUCAUUCUUAAACCCAUUGGGCUGGAUAUCUUGGGUCACCAAUGUUGACCCACCUAGCACUAUUUUCUAUGCUGAGUACCAAAACACUGGCCCAGGAUCAACUGUAGACAAAAGGGUUAAAUGGGCUGGGUAUAAGCCCACUCUAACAGCAGAUGAUUCUACCAAGUUUACUGUGGAAUCUUUUAUACAGGGCAGUGAAUGGUUACCAAACACCGAGGUGAAAUAUGAUGAAUCCUUAUGA